AUGGACCAGUAUACCACCAAGGAGGAUGUCCUCAGGCUAGCAGCUGUCGACCCAGAGCUUCAAGAGGCUCUCAAACAUACCCCAGCUCCAUCGAUGGGCAUGUCGCUGCCCGUCGAGCAGCUGCGCGAAACAGUGUCCGCAAUCGAGAAGAAAGCAUACGACUCCUGUCCAGCAUUCGACACGCAGGAGAGUGUCAUGAAUAUCCCCAUGCGUGAUGGACACCAGAGCGAACUGCACAUCGUCAAACCAAGAAAUUCUUCCUCUGCAAACCCCGUCGUUGUUCUUGUAUUUGGGGGCGCAUUUGUCAUGGGCACCAACAUCCAGUCCAUUGCCUGGGCUCGCACGGUCGCAUAUCUGUAUGGCGCCACUGUUGUCCAGCUUUCGUAUCGCAGAGCACCAGAGCACAAAUUCCCAGCUGCCCCGAGCGAUGUUUGGGACACUGUCCAGUGGAUAACAGAGAAUCAGUCGGCUCUCGACGCAGACCUGACCAAAGGAUUCGUCAUCGGGGGUGGAUCAGCUGGUGGAAACUUGUCCAUCGUCACAGCGCAUCGGGCCGUGAAGGAGAAGCUCUCGCCGCCAAUUACAGGAGUACUGGCCAGCAUUCCGGUGUGUAUGAGUGAAGAGACCGUGCCCGAGAAAUACAAGGAGCUGUGGGUGUCUCGCGAGCAGAACGCAGACUCCUCCGGAAACCCUCUACAGGAUUCUAAAGGCCUUGGAUACGAGGUUCUCUACGAGCAGGACUUUCUGUCAGAGGACUUUUCGCCGUUCAACUCGACUGCGCCAUUCUCGGCUAUCCCGCGGACAUAUGUGCAGGUCGCGGGCCUCGACCCUCUGCGCGACGACGGCAUCAUAUAUGCAAAAGUAUUGAGAGACAACGGUGUUGAUGUCAAGCUAGAUGCUUACCCUGGAAUGCCUCAUGGCCAUUUUAACCUCUGGCCGCGGUUGCAGCAGUCGAUAAAGUCGCAGGAGGAUACUAUUUGGCAUUUUGGAUGGCUUCUACGUCGUGAAGUUCCUAGGGAAAGGGUCGAAGAGGUCGUGGCCAUGAUUGUAUAUUAG